AUGCCAAGGUUCAGAGAGCAGGAGGUCCGCAUUGAGAAGGUCGUGACCCAGCUAGCUUCGGAGACGACAGCACGUCAGAGCGCUGUAGUGGCCAAGCUGGAGGGAGCCGUUCUGGAUCACCUCCCGGAGACAAACUUCCAGGCGCAAGCCACCUUGGAGAUGCCGAAUGCAAUUCCCCCGCUUGGCGGGGAUGCAGAGGUCACCGUCUCCACAGGACAUGCCUUGUUUCUCCCCAAGACCAAGUACAGGACCGGCAACAGCCUUGACCCCAGCAACCCCGCGACCCCGACGGUCAGCCGGGAGAAGUCCAAGAAGAGGAAGAGCAUCUUCCAUGCUGUCCACGGCUCAGAAUGGCUAUAG